AUGAAUAGCCUUGACGCUGGCGCUCAACUCUAUGAAGGAUUUGUGAAAAAUAACGGUGUCCGAAUCCAUUUUCGCGCAGUUGGCAAUGGACCUCUACUGCUUCUCCUCCACGGCUUUCCCGACAAUGGAGAAACGUUUAAGGCGCAGGUGGCGGAAUUUUCAAAGAAAUAUACAGUCGUAUGCCCAACCUUGCGCGGAUUUCCCCCUAGUGAUGUGCCAGAUGACGUGGACGCAUACGACUUGUCGAACGUCGUGGGUGAUAUGAGCACGAUCCUCGCCCAUUUCAAGGCUGAAAAGGCCAUUAUUGGAGGUCAUGAUUUUGGCGGAGCAGCAAUCCAGAUGCUGGCACUAAUGGGACCGGAGCGUGUUGCGGGACUGAUCCUCAUCAACACACCUAUUUUGCCAAGGUUCUAUGAUCUGGUGAAUUUUAAUGAAGGACAGCAGAGAAUGUCCGAGUACACAAUAAAGUUCAUGCAGUACCAACCUGGCGAUGAAAAGAAUGAGGGAGAUGUUGUGAAGUUUAUAAGGGAUCCUGCACGUCGGCAAGCAGUAUGGGAGUACAUGCACUCUUCUCCGAUGCAUGGCAUGUUCGCCUACUACAAAAAGAACUAUCCCGGUCCUCCUUAUGGUCAGAAGGUCGAUACUUCGUACAUGCGUUUCCAAGUUCCGACACUCAUAAUCUGGGGCGUCGAAGACGAAUACUUCUCCCCCAGGUUCCUUGACCAACUCCUCCAGCAUUUCCUUGCACCUAUCCGACUCGUCACGUUCCCAGCAACGGGGCACUGGCCAUUUCAAGAGCAGGCGGAAAAGGUCAACCGGGAGAUCUGGUCUUGGCUUGAAGAGUUGAAGCAUGGCUGA